AACAUAAAAUUCCACCCCCAUCGCCUCUCUCACACACACGUUCCUUCAGGAGUAUUACUCUUCAAAUUCGCAUUCUUGAAAUUUGUUAGCAUUUUUACGCACAAUUCAUUCUCCAUACGAGACUCCAUAAUUUCUCUCCCUCUCAAGAUCUCACGUACUUGCUUCUUUCUCUCUCAAGACUGUGCCGCAUGUCUGCGUCGGUUGCAGACACCUCAAAAAUGGCAGAACACACUAAAUGUAGAAAGCCCAGAAGCCAAAAUCACCUUCCCACGUCCUCCACCAAGAUAAAGAACUUCACAACAGCAACAUUCAGAGGAUUGGGCUGCACUGCCUACUCAAAGGUCUCAGAUCCUGCAGUGAUAAGAACAUCGGCCAAUUGGAAUGCUAACAAGGUGAAGAACAAGAAAAUCACCAAUAAUAACAGCAAAUUACACACUAAUAAUUCUACUGCUGCUGUUACUGUCACAAGUAACGUAAAAAAUAACAAUGGCCAAUCAUCAAAUUCAUCAUCAUCGAAUUGUGUUGGUUUACCUGAUGUAUGGUGUGGUCCUGGGAUUAGUCUCACCGGGGAUGCUGCGUCUGAGAAUUGUGUUGUUUCAAGAAGGCCUGCAGUUUCUGCCAGAAACAAAGCUGAUGGGGUUCAUAGAAUUAUUCAUAGUCCGAGGGAGCAUUCUUCAUAUAAUAUGAGGAGAAUGGUGACCUCUGAAGAUAUCCCCUUCCGCAAUCCUGGCAUUGCCUUGGGAAUGCAACGCUCUCGGGCAGACUUUUCGGGAUCUAGAUAUCAUCACCAUCUCAGACAUGAAUUUCGUGAUGGAUUUGCAGAGAUUGUAAUGCUCCAAAGUAGUCUGCUAAUGGAAGGAAGAUCGGAACAACCCGAUGAAUACAGGGGUUGGAGACUUGAUGUCGAUAACAUGUCAUAUGAGGAAUUACUAGAACUUGGUGACAGAAUUGGGCAUGUGAGCACUGGACUGAGGGAGAACGAGAUAUCCUGCUGUUUGAGGAGGACUAAUGUUUCAAUGUUGAAUAAUUUAUCAUCAAAUUUCCCCACAGAAACAGAAAGGAAAUGCAGUAUAUGUCAGGAGGAAUACGAAACAGAUGAUGAAACAGGGAAACUGAAUUGUGGACACUUCUAUCACAUUCAAUGCAUAAAGCAGUGGCUUGUGCAGAAAAAUAUUUGCCCUAUAUGCAAAAAAUCAGCUAUGCCUCAAACCAAGACCACAUAAUACUGGCAGUUCUCAUAUAUCCUUCUGCUUUUCAAUUUUUAUUCAAUGAAUUGAAUUCAACAUCCUUUAUAGAAAGGUAAAUCUUUGAUGUGGCAUUUCCAAUAUAUAAUUUUCUUUAUCGAGUCAUCCCAGUUUUUGGUCGGCUACCGAGGUGUGGAUUAAAAGUCGAAACUAAGAUUCCGGUUGAGAUCACUAUAAGCUGAAGAUCUAACUUUGUUAUCACUCUCUUUGAUUACACUUGAUUUGAAUACAACUUUUCAAU